AUGGCGCAAGAGCAAGAUCCUCAGGUCGAACAUGCUAAAACCUCUACGUGUUUCUCAGAAUUACGCAUUACCGUUUCAUAUAGAACGCGGCCUGGCAGUUCUUUCAAUAUCUCUCUCGCGGUAAACAAAAUCCGACAUGGUGACGGAAACGACCUCCUUCACAACCUGAAAAAAGGAUUUGAUGAGAUUUUCCUUACGAUUGCAAGAGCAUUUGACGGGCAACAUGGUACUUCUGAUGUUGAAGGCAAAAUUUUUACCGCAAUAGUAUCCUUGUGUUCCUCUCGUAUUCUCGGCCGGUUACGAUUAGUCCGGCAUGCAUGGAAAGCGCCGAAGAAGAGCAUCAAAGAGAUACUUCAGAAUGUCAUUGAGUGUGUCAGACAAUCUGGCCACGGCCGUAUAGAGAGAGUAAACGUGAUAUCGAUUGCUACCACUGCAGUCACCAAAAUUCUUCCUCGACUAGAGAACCUCGUUGAAGGUAUAUAUCAGCUACAACAGAUGGGCACAGUCCACAAUGUGCUGGAGCUGAUUCCGAAUAAGGAUAUAGCACCGUCACUGAGAGAAAGUCUUCUGAAUAUGAUUGGUAAAGUUGCAAGAUAUCGACAGGCAGCUAGAUUUCUGUUUCGUGCUGCGAAGAAGUUUUCAAUAGUUAGACAAGCCAGGGUUAUACCUGUCAAUCUCCCUCCAGAGGCAUUCCGACCUAUUGGAUUGGGCGAAUAUGUACCUCAAAAUUUGCCAACAAUCUCGAGCGCGGCGCCAAAGUAUGCGAAGAUAACGAAUCUCAAUCAAAUCUGGCGUCUAUUGCAGACGAGCGACUCCGAAGCCAGUGAUCAAUUCUCAAAUCAAACCCAAAAGAUAUUCCGAGAGGCGAAGGUUCAUGCUGAAAUUCAGCUUGUCUUCCACUGUGAGCUUCACCUAGUAGCGAAUAAGUUUCCUCGAGUCAUCCGCUCGACUAAAGAUGCCUGCCAUUUGUGUAGUACUUUCAUUUCCACACACGGGAAAAUGCAUACACUCCGAUGUCAUGGCCGAUUAUAUCCUGGUUGGCGGCUUCCAAUCUUUGGACAGCUGAAUAGUGUGCAGCAAGAAUUCAUUCAUAUCCUUGAGACUCAAAACAGAAGAAGUCUGGACACAUUUCUGUUGAGACGAGAGAGGACGGUUUACCCUUGCCCAAAUGAGAGUACACUGCUGACUCUGCCAACGUCGAUGUCGACACUAAUGACUUUCCCUCAUCCCGAGUUAGAUUCACUGGGUAUAGAGCUUACUCGACAGGGAUCUCCGGCAGGCGACACUUCAUCACCAGUCUCGAAAACAUUCUUCGCUGGGGAUAUCUCGGAGUCGGACUUCUUGACUCUGAAAGGCUCAUUAUUGAGUUCAGAUCCUAGUGAUAGCUACUCGCCGCCUCAAGGAAUUCCUUUGACAAAGACUAUUGAGGCUUCCUGCAAAUUGUCGCCACUGUAUGCUGCUGGACCCUUAGAGGUACAAAUCGAAUACUGCAAAGGCUCAGGUCAAAUGCCCGCGAAUGACCUCCCCUAUAGCCUCGAGUGGCUCACUGCUGAGGAUGCAGAGAUGGAAAGAUGCCACUCCAGAUGCGUUGUGGAUGCGGAAUCCCUUGAUGGCGAAUCUUUACACCCAAUAUGUAGCGACAAUAGCCUGUACCUUGUCGCACGUGGUCCUGUUCUAAGAUUAAAGCUUACUAGAAGAUACGUCAACUAAUUUCCCUGCAUCAUUUCUCGGCUGUUUGUCUUUCCCUCUGACCUGUAGUCUUUCUGUCUCAAUCUGUCGAUAUCGGCCAACCAGCAACUGAUACAAGGCUGUUACUCAGAGGACAGGCCCGUGGCUCUUUAAGAAAGUAAUCAUUUUUCUGUGGCUCGUCUGCUGUCUUUUCGCAUUGUUUGCAGUCAUCUAGGCCGCCCUCCUAGUUGCUUAAUGAUGCUCAAUUGCUAUGCAACUCGAUGCCUCAGUCCAUGCCUCUAUGCCGAGCUCUUUGACCACACGUCCGAC